AUGCUUGAUUUUGUUUGUGUGGCUAAGACUAAGAGAACGGCAGGCUAUGUGUAUAAAAUGACCUCUAAAGGUGGCAUUGAUGUAGGUCUGAUGGAUAAUGGUAGUAGAAAACGUAGAAGAGAGGAUGUGGAAAAUGAUGAAGAAGAGUCGGACAUUAUUAUUGUUUUGUUGAUUUCUCUCGUAGCUGUUUUGGGAGCUUGGUACCAUAAUAAAUAUUUUAUCAAAGAGGUUCCCGUGAAAAAUGAUAAUGCACUAGGGGCAUUAGAUGGAACUUUUGUUAACCUGACUGUUCCAUGGUAG